GAAUAGCGGCUUCUCGAGAAGGCCGAGCUGCGUUCGAUCACUCAAGCCAAUCAACCAACAGGGCCAGAGCAGGACUAUGGACGCGGCCGCCCCUCGACCAUCACUGCCCGCGAGACUCAGGGGCGGGGGAAUGGGAGGUCUGGAAGACGGCGCAGACCCAGCCACGCCCACGCGGCAGCUCCUGGCGAGGGUCAAGCGGAGGUCGAUUGCUGGUGUGGUCGAGGGAGGGCCGCCAAGGACCAGAUCGUCUCGCACGGGCUCAUCACAACUCGCGCACAUCUCGUCCGGAGACGCCGAAGAAGAAGAGGAGAAGGAGGAGGAAGAAGAAGAGUCCUGGGAGCACAGCGUAGAGGAGCAGCUCGACAUGGCGCUGGAAGAGGUUGAGUCGCGGGAGAGGACAAUCGGAGAGCAGCAAAGUAGAAUCGAAGAGCUCGAAAAGGCGCUGAGAGAGGCCAAUCAGGGCAAUGCCGCGCUGCAGGAAAAGCUCAGUCGAGCUACGGCAUCUGCCAAUCGGAAGACUGGCGGAGGCGGGCUCACAAAGGAGGCAGCAACGCAGCUCGAGAGGGAGUUCAACAGCCAGGAGAUGAUCCUCAAAGGUCUUCAAAGAGACAAUGAAUCAAAGACGAUCGAAAUCGAGGCGAUGCGGCGAAGGACGAAGCAGAUGGGCGACUACCUCAUGCGCCAGUACGGCCAAGAUUGGGAAGAGGUCGUCUUUGGAAGCACAAACAGCGGCAGUCUGUCAGGAGUUGCAAGUGCUUCUCCUGGCAUGGGCGGGACUGGAACCUCGCCUGCCAAUCCUUCCUCCGCUGCCUUCCCGCCAUUUCUGGGCACCAACGCAGGUCUAGGUGCGGGGACAGAUGCGACGGCGAUGCAGAGCGCUAUUACCAAGCUCCUGGGACCCGCAGCGGCUGGCGGUCCAACGCCUAAAUCAAAGGGCAGCAUCCUUGGCUCGAGUCGUCUCGCCAAUAGCAUCGGCGCCCCAGCCUCGGAGGACGGUCGCCGGUCCUGCUCACCAUCCAAGAAGAAGCAAGAAGGCGAACGUGGCUCCGAUGAGCCAGAUUCUACCUUCCUCUCUGCCGCCGACGACUCUUUUGCCCAGAGCCAAAACCAGAGUCCCGUCAAGCGCAUCGCCGACGACGGGCAGCUGGACUAUGACGAGGGAGGAGCGGCACAAGUAUUGACCGGUUACGAUCCCGCAACGAUCCUCGCUUCCAUCGAUGCGGCCCGCCUCUUGAUCCAGGGCUUCGAACGGAGGCAGGCCAUGAAGAUGACCGAGCUCAACGACCUCGUCGAAAGAGCAAACGAAGGCGAGACGAGGGCCAAGGAGCUGGCCUCAUCCUGGUUCUAGACCCAGAUUUUCAACGACAUCAACGACACUUGACGAUAUAAAGGAGCGACUCUAACGACCAGCUUCUUCCCAU